AUGUGUGAAUUGAUGGACGAGUGGGCAAUGUUAUUUAGCACAUCCUACAUGCUUCUUAAUGAGGAUAUGAUGCUUAUAUAUCUUGUCCUUUCAGUGUUGAUAAUUCUUCCAAUGUCAUCGGUAGUAUCAACAUCAAAGGCCGCCCGGCAGCUUUUUAUAUGCAAAAAUGGUGGUAGACAGAUAAUCAGAUGUUUAAGAAACGAUCCCGCACCUAAAAGUUAUGUUCAAAGUCGGUGGUUUAGAAGCAUCGCAAGGUUCGAAGCAUUGCCCCCUUCUGGUGAACUAUUCAGUGGUAGUCAUGAGGCCGCACCCUUCUGUUUGCACAAUACACCUUUUGGUAGUACGGUUAUUAUUCAAAGGAGAGGUUUUCUUGGUUGCGGUGAUGGAGAUCAAGGGAGUAAAGGUUUGGCAAAGGUUCAUGAGGAGAAGUGUACCAUGGGGUAUUCCCCAGAGCAGAUGUAUGCAGUGGUUGCUGCUGUUGACAUGUAUCAAGAUUUUCUUCCAUGGUGUCGACGAUCGGACAUAGUUCAACGCCAUUCUGAUGGGUCCUUUGAUGCAGAGCUGGAGAUCGGCUUUAAGUUUCUUGUUGAGAGCUAUGUAUCUCAUGUCAAAUUGGUUAAACCUAAAGUGAUAAAGACAACUUCAUCCCAAAGUAGCCUUUUCAAUCAUUUAAUAAAUGUUUGGGAGUUCCAUCCUGGACCUGUUCCUGGGACGUGUGACCUCCAUUUCUUCGUGGAUUUCAAGUUCCAGUCACCUUUUUAUUCACAGAUGGCCUCUGUGUUCUUUAAGGAGGUUGUAUCUCGGCUUGUAGAUUCGUUCCGUGAUCGGUGCCGUCUGAUAUAUGGGCCAGAGGUUUCGGUUAUUGGGCAGAGGACAUGAAGAUGACAUACAAACUUUUUUGCUAACUCAUGUACAUACACUAGUUGUCUUGU